UAGUUUAGUAAGUGCAUAAUAUACGUUCAUAGUGUAGUUUUAACCACGUAUCCUUUGAUCAACUUGUUUUAAGAACAUAUGUAAACAACUCUUUCAAAUAUUUAGUGCUGUCAUUACGCGACAAAAGUGCCCAGACUUUUAAUUUAAUGAAAUAUUUAUCUUUCUUUUAAGAUUAUCGCUAAAUACGUCUAAUAAUGUGUAAUUUUCAUACGAUAAAGGACUAAUACUUUUUGGCAAAAAGGAUUCUCGAUAAAAUUCUAUAGUACUUUUGAACAUGGUUUUUCUACCAGAAGAUGGCCUUACGAAAAAGGUUACAGUACGUGAUACCAUCCAACAGUCAGAAAAGAAACAGGCUUUUAUAAAUAUAUUUCCCUCCAAGACCAUCGACAGUAUCUUCAGAGAAGUUUCCAAAGAGUUCAGCUAUAACCAUGAUGAAAUCGAACUCGUCCUUCAAAUUGGCAAGAAAGACAUGCACAUAUUGAACGACCACAAAGACAAAACGGUACAGGAAGCUGGCAUCAAGUGGACUCCUUUAGAUAGACCUUCUAUUAUCAUAAGCACCCUAAAAAAUAAACCAAUGUCGUUAUUCGUCCAGGAAAGCGAAGACGACCUUCUUUUAGGUGCUUCAGCGAGCCCCACAGCCGGAGAAGUUUCCAGCAGCACAUGUGAAAGUGGCCAAGCGACGACGAAUUACUGUGACUUCUACAAACCGUCAUCGCGUCCUAGCUUGAAGCCCAUUAUAAUAGAAUCUACCAAUUACGUAGGAUUAGUCAACCAGGCCAUGACUUGCUAUCUAAAUAGUUUGCUGCAGGCUCUUUACAUGACUCCAGAGUUCCGGAACGCCCUAUACAACUGGGAAUUUGACGGUGUUAACGAAUCGAGAUCGAUACCAUACCAAUUGCAAAAGUUGUUUUUGAACUUACAGACGUCUUCGAAAUCUGCCGUAGAAACAACAGACUUAACCACAAGUUUCGGUUGGCAAAAUAGUGAUGCUUGGCAUCAGCAUGAUAUUCAAGAACUCUGUAGAGUAAUGUUUGACGCUCUGGAACAAAAAUUCAAGGACACCAAACAGGCAAACCUGAUCAACGACCUAUACGAAGGAAAAAUGUUAGAUUACGUCAAAUGUUUGGAAUGUGGCACCGAAAAAUCAAGAGAAGACACAUUUUUGGAUAUUCCUCUGCCGGUACGACCCUUUGGAAAUGCGGUGGCCUAUAAUAGCGUUGAAGAAGCCCUUAGAGCGUUCGUUCAACCAGAAACGUUAGACGGAAAUAAUCAGUAUCAUUGCGAAAAAUGCAAUAAGAAAUGUGACGCUCAUAAAGGGUUGAAGUUUACGAAGUUUCCAUAUUUGCUCACGUUGCAUUUAAAAAGAUUCGAUUUUGAUUAUACUACUAUGCAUCGAAUUAAACUCAAUGACAAGGUUGUGUUUUCAGAAAAACUAAAUUUAAAUUCGUUUAUCGUUACGCCCCGAUCGGAGAAUGAAACAGUCGAAGACAGAGAAAAUGUUGUCAAGUGUGAUGAUUGUAGUACAACCGAUUCGGGGUCAGCAGACGAUGAAAGCUGUCAAGGAACAGAUGUAUCCUCUACAGCUAACGGCCAGGACGACAAUUGUGCAGAUAGCGAUGAAGGUAUCGAUGUAAGUUCAGGAAACAAUCACGAUGACGAAGCCAAAGGUCCGUAUAUGUACGAAUUAUUCAGUAUUAUGAUACACUCUGGAAGCGCUUCAGGUGGUCAUUAUUAUGCCUAUAUCAAAGAUUUCGAUAAAAAUCUUUGGUACUGCUUUAACGACCAAAGUGUUACAGGGAUUACCGAAGAAGAUAUAAGAAAAACAUAUGGUGGCGGCCCUCAUAGGGGAUACUAUUCAGGGGCCUAUUCGUCGAGUACAAACGCCUAUAUGCUAAUGUACAGACAAAUAGAUAAGGAUCGAAAUGCUCGGGCUAUGGGUUUUGAUGAUUUUCCGCCACAUAUCAAGCAAUUGUUGGCCGAUAUGUUAAGGAAAGAGGAAGAAGAUCGAAUUAAUAGGGAAAAAGAAAACGAAAUGAUGCGAAUAUCGGUGUUCUGCGAUAAUCCCAGAUCAAACACUUUAUCAGAAAUAAAACUACACGUAUUCUAUGACUCGUCGUUAGAAGAGGCGGCAAAAGAGGCGUACCAACGUUUCAAUUUGAAUUCUACGCAAGUGAACUUGGGGGAUUGUCGUUUGGUAAUGUACAAUAGAAAACACGAAUGUAUCGAUAGUAGUUUUGAGUCUGACGAAAUCAAAUUCUGUGAUAUUGUAAAUAGAAUGAAGAAUUAUGUUAGUCAGUUUACCGAAUGGAUGUUAGAAAUUAAGGAACCAGGAACUUCCUGGAAAGUAUAUCAACCCGGUGGUAUCAAUAUGAAAGUUUAUCCUAUCAUCCUCGAAACAGAAGAGGUCAGUGAACCAAAGCUAGUCCGAGUUGAUUUAAACGACACUGUGUUUGGUCUCAAACAUAAAAUUGGCCAGUUAUUGAAUAUGAAUCCUUCCAAAGUAAAAAUCGUGAUGGAAAUGUAUUGCAACGAACCAAAAUAUUUGGAUAAUGAUACUGACCCUGUUAAAUUUGAUCCGAAUUGCAGCAAUUACAAAUUGUAUGUAUCCAACGCAUUAGAUGAAGACCCAGAGAAAACGUUCCUAUUUUCCAAAUUGAAACGGUUGAUAUCUUUGUUUGGAUAUAUUAUUAGUUUGACGAUUGUUUUACCGGAUACCGAUGUAGCUACACUCGAAUCGAUGUCCAUACCUUCGUUGGAUUUAAAUCAAAAUCUAGACAAAUUGGAGUUGGGUAGUGGUGAUAGAUGUACGAAUUCACCCAACUUGCGGGUGUCUCCUCAACCCGGUCAUGGGGACGGUUUUGGCGAUCAAAGUAAUAGCGAAGAUAGCAGUUUAAGUGACAGUGAUAGGACGUUAGUAGGAGAAACCCCAGGUGAUCACAUAGGCAUGUUAUCAAGUAGUCCCACAUCACCCGCAGAUCAACACAUGUCAUCACCCAGCGAUCCUCGCGAAGACACAUACAGUUACGAAGCUCUAGGUCACCCCGGCGAGGAAAUGAAUUGGGAUGAUGUUGAUACACAGCAAGAGGAACAGUACUCGCAGAAUUACUAUUUUAAGAUUACCAGUGAAACGCACAACAGUGAGACUCAGAAUUUGGAUAAUAAUGUUACUAGGUGUUGUAAGAUCUUGGCAGACAAAAGAAUGACUUUAGAGAGGCUUAAGAAAAAUUUAGAAGUUGUUCUGAGAGUACCUUCAGAGUAUUUCAAGGUGUACAAACAAUACGCCAAUACAGAAGAUGAAUGGGUAUGUUUGUCGGAUACGUUACGAUCUGCUAGAGAUGGUGAAAGAAUAACUAUAAAACUAGGCCGAGUAUUACGGAAAGACGAGCUGAAAUGUAACGUCUAUCAUCUGAAACUUGACAAUAUGGACGUAAAUAACUUUUUAUUUGAACAUAUCAUCGUAAAAGGACAGACAGUCAGUUUGGUGAAAAGGGAAAUUCUCUUGCAAGCGAAAAAACAGCAUAUGCUCGAUAUACCUUAUCAUAAAUGUCGUUUGCGAGAGAAAAGUUGGAAAAAGCCAAAAAGAGUGUAUCUGGAUGAUCAGCGAUUUGAUAAAGAUAUCAUAGUUAUUUCUUCCAAUGUUGAUGUUUUUCUGCAAGAACUUUCUGAUACUGAUCCAGUUACGACAAGGGAACAAUGCGUCCUUUUCGUCCGACAGUGGUGUCCGUCGACUUUAACGCUUCAACCCUUCCAAGAAGUAGUCCUAUACCACCUAACCAUGGAAGAUUUAAAGAAAAAGUUAUCAGAACUCUCUGGCCUACCUACAGAACAUAUAGAAGUAGCCAUUAUCAAACAACCUCUACCUUGUGAUAUAAAUGUUUUAGAUAUGGAAUCGCACAAAUGGCAUUUGCAGACCACUAAUUUAGAAGAGUGGCCUGUUAGUGCUGAAAAUGGCACUGUUUUCUUUUACAGGGACAACCGAGAAACAAUGAAAGAACUCACCAGCGAAGAAAGAAAAGAACUAGCCCAAAAAGAAAACUCCCGCCUCCGUAAAUUGAACCUGUCAUCCUACUCCCCUGGUGGGGAGAGAGCCUUAAAGAUCUACUUGGAUACGUCGCCGAGUAAAUCUGAAGAUAACUGCAUAGACUGACAUGCCACUAAUCAAUAUAAUUCAUUAUUCUAUUGCAUCAUAAUUUGAAAAAAUCAGAGGGUGAUUGUAAAUAAGCGUGAUUCAGAGUUUUUUAUUUAUUAUGCUACCCGUUUACACAAAACUGACUUAUUCAAAUUUUUGAAGUCCGCCAUGAGAACUAUUUAGGUCAUUAUAUCUCGCAAAUAAAAAAAGAAAUCUUGGGAAUAUCCAAAUUAAUUCUACUUUUAUUAAGGAUUUUGAUGUUUUGAUUAAUUUUUGUGUUACUAUGUUUUAAGUCUUCAGUAUUAUAUAUAUUUUGUAGAUAUAUUUAAACAAUAUUUCAAAUAUGACACUAAAACUAAAACAUUUGUGCUUCUGCCAAUUUUAAAGCAAAUCGUGUUGUAAAUCGAUAAUUUUUGGAUUUUUGUUUAAUAAAUUGGUAAAAAUAUUCACUUCUUUUUACAUCAAAAGAACGUAACUUUACAGUGGAUUAAGAUUUAGAUGGAACCCACUUUUAAGUUGUUUCUUAUUAUUAUAACUAUUGUUAAAUGAAAUUGAUUAUAAAAAAAAUAAUUAAAAUCCUUUAUAAAAGGUAUAUAAUUUAUUAAAAUUUCGUUAAAAGGGCUACAUCACAUAUGCAGAACGUUUUCGAUCUGAAUACAGAUCAUCAUCAGUGCUGAACGUAAAAUAAGUAUAACCUAUGAAUUCAAUGCAAACAUUUUAAAAUGUUGACUAAGAUUGAAAAAAGUUUAGGCUAUACUUACAAGAUGUUCACAUGCUUCAAAAAAUUUAAAAUAUAUGGGUAAAAGACCCUUUAGGAGUCAAGGAUACAUCGGCAAAAAUUGUUUUAAUUAACAUGGAUGUUAUAAAUAAUACACGAUUAAGCACCAGGCACCAUUUGACCCUCAGAUGAGUUGAGACACGUCUUGAGGUUCAGCUACCUCAUACAGGGUGUCUGCAUAACUUGGAACCAUAUUUUUUUUUAUUGUUUGUUUACUGUGCAAUCAGUCUAAAAAAAAAACAGACCAUAAACACAUUUGUUGAAAUUUACAAUGGCCUGAAGAGAAAUAUUUCAAUAAAUAUUUACUCUACAUGAGUAUUACCAUAUGGGAAACUUUUUUAAUAUCAAUUUUACGAAAAAAAGUUAUUCUUCAUAAAGUGCUCUGCAUAAUUUAAAACCUAAGAUGCAAUCAUCAUGUAUCAAAUUUUAUCAAUAAUAUACGAGGUAUGUCCAAAAAUAUGAAUUUCGCUCAAGAGUAAAGUGCCUUUAUAUUUCACAAUAUCGAAAAUUGUUGUUAAGAAAAGUUGAUUGUAAUUAAAAAUUAUGUUAUAAUAUGUAUUUACACUCUUCUAAUUAAAAAAAAACUUUUGAAAAUUUUCCUCAAAUUACGGAUACCGAACAUCAUUUUUAUUUAAGAUAACUCCGUUAUUAUUAAUUUUGCGAAAAAAAAAAAUUAUUUUUUAUAAAAAUGUCUAAAUAGUCAAAAAACUAAGAUGCAAUCAUAAGAUAUCAAGUUUUUUCAAUUCUAUACGAGGUAUGUCAAAACUAUGAAUUUUGCUUAAAAGUAAAUUACCUUUAUAGUUCACAAUAUUUCAACUAGAAGGAUGCAAUUGCAUAUUGAAACAUAGUUUUUAAUUCUGAACAACUUUUUAUAAUAACAAAUUUCAAUAUUGUUAAAAAUAAAGGUACUUUACUCUUCAGCGAAAUUAAUAUUUUUUUAUGUUGUUCUGAAGCUAUUUUAUUUAUUUUAUUUUAGUAUUUUGUAUUUUGACAACGACACCCGAUUUGGGCGUCGAAACGUUAAUAAAAUUAUUUUUUCAAUUUAAUUGUGGCUUAUUUCCCGUCUAAAUAGUUAUUGAUAUUUUUUGACAUACCUCGUAUAAAAUUGACAAAAUUUAAUAUCUUAUAAUUUUAUCUUCGUUAUUAAACUAUGCAAAACGUUUUAUAAAGAAUAACUUUUUUUCGUAAAAUUAAUAAUAACGGAGCUAUCGUAAAUAAAAAUGAUGUUGGGUGUCCGUGAUUUGAGGAAAAUUUUCAAAAAAAAAUGUUUUCAAUUAGAAGAGUGCAAAUGCAGAUUAUAACAUAUUGUUUAAUUACAAACAACUAUUUUCAAUGACAAUUUUCGAUAUUGUGAAAUAUAAAGGCACUUUAUACUCUUGAGCGAAAUUCAUAUUUUUUGACAUACCUCGUAUACCGUUGAUAAAAUUUGAUAUCUGAUGAUUUAGUCUUAGGUUUUAGACUAUGCAGAUCACUUUAUAAAGAAUAAUUUUUUUUCGUAAAAUUGAUAUUAAAAAAGUUUCCCAUAUGGUUCCAAGUUACGCAGACACACUAUAUAUUGAACGGUCGAUGGUAAUGGAAAUUCUUGAAUUAUGUCAGAACUAAACUGUCAGUGCAACCGGAAGAACCAAAUUGUACCUUUUGUUUAUUUAGCCAACAAUUUCAACUUUAUCAAGUUUCAUAUUGUUGGCUAAAUAAACAAAAGGUACAAUUUGGUACUUCCGGUUGCACUGACAGUUUAGUUCUGACUUGAUGAAGUUAAAAUUGUUGGCUAAAUAAACAAAAGGUACAAUUUGGUAUUUCCGGUUGGACUGACAGUUUAGUUCUGACAUCGUUCAAGGAUCCGUUACCAUCAGUUGCCAUCGACCGUUCAAGAUAUGAGGUAUCUGCCAACUCAUGUGAGGCUCAAAUGGUACCCGGUGCUUAAUCAUGUGUAACAUCCAUGUUAUUUAAAACAAUUUUUGUCAAUGUAUCCAUGACUGUAUUAUUUUAAAGGGUCUUUACCCAUAUAUUGUCAAUUUUGGUGGCUUAGCAUGUGAACAUCCUGUAAGUAUAGCCUAAACUUUUUUUAACCUUCGUCAACAUUUUAAAAUUUUUGCAUUAAAUUCAUAGGUUAUACUUAUUUUAGGUUCAGCACUGAUGAUGAUCUGUAUUUCCUUGAAGAGACUUUUAUUAAUAAAUUAUAUAGGUACCUUUUAUAAUCGAUUUUAAUUAAUUUUUUGUGAUAUUGUCCUUUUCAUGAUCAUUUUUCAGUGCGUAACAAAUAAUAGGAAAAAGGGUAAGUCCGUGAUAAUACACAUUUAUGACAUUUAUUCUAACAUGACAUUUUAGUUAAAUCUGACAGUUGUCACAUUUUAUUUUCAAUUUUUGAUAAAAACAAAUCAAAUGUGUUUCUUGCAUUUAUAAAAUGGUAUUUUCUUUGAUUUGUAUAGUCUUAUAAAUUAUACAGAUUAUAUUUGUAAUAUUAUUAUCUAAUUAAAAAAAAAUUAUUUUUUUAUUAUGGCGCCAUCUAUCGACAACUAGAAUAAUCACCGAACUAGAAAUAAUUACCGAAGUAAUCACCGACGUGCCUUUUUUUCUGUCAUAUACAAUUUAAUACGUUAGAAAGAAAUCGAAAAACUGUGACGCACUGAAAGAUGAUCAUGAGAAAAAGAAUAUAUGGUAUACAGCUACAGGAAAACUUUUUCCUUGUGGAUUUGAAAUUGAUCAUGUUUGAAUCAUCUUUGUAGUUUCUAUAGAAUGGUACUUAAUCCGGGAACAGUCGCGCUCUUUUCUGUCACACGAUCGGUCGCGCGAUAUUUUAUAUCUAAGGGUGCGGACAGGCUUGCAAGCGAUUUAUCGCGCGAGAUAAAUCGUUCACGGCAAUGUAGCGGGCGACAAGCGAGAAGCUGUCCACCGAAAAGCGAUUCAAAUAUCAGUUUUUGUCAUGCCUCUCACACGAAGGCGUCGAAGUUCCCUUCUUUUAGAAGAUGAUCCAUUCAUAGAGGUUUGUUAAAAGGCAAAAUGAAGUAUGGUGUACAUACCAUUAAUAGAUAUAGGAAAGCAUACGGGGAAUUACAUCACUUAUACAAACAGUUACGAAAAUACUCGUACAGAUUUUUCCAGUAUCUCAGAAUGAGCAUAAACAAAUUUGACGUACACCUAAAUAAAAUUAAAAUGGGGUCUACUUUCACAUCGGAAAUUAAAAUAUCUUUGGAACAAGACAUCGUGCUGUUUAGUUUGGAGAUAAAAUGGAACUAAAGUCGCUUAUAAAUCAAACCGAAUUGGAAACGGAGCGACACGCUUAGCCGCUGAGCGAUUUUUUGCUAAGCGAUUUUUUGCUAAGCGAUUUUUUAGGUAUGGCCACUGUAAUAAUAUUCAUUGGGUUUGAAAUAUUUUUUUGUAGUUCAGUCGUCCACGAUUUAUCUCUUAAGAAAAAUCGCUCGCAAGUCUGGCCGCACCCUUAGGCGGCGUUAAUACUCGGGCGAUAAAAGAUAAACGAUAUUAUAUAGUAGAUAUGCUACAAGCGAUACGCACAAACAAAUACUUAAAAUUUUAAAUAGAGACGAUGACAAUGGUUCACUUCCGCGCGAUUGCACAGCAGAUCGCAAGUGAUAUAUCGUUCGAAGUGCUACAUGGUACGUAUUUAACCCUCGUAAGGCGGUGCUUAGAUUCUUUCGUAAACAACGGUGCGGGGUGCAUUUGCACCCCAUCCGUAUAUCCAUUUUUUUAUAUGUGAACGUUGGGGAAAUUGAUUUGAAAGAUAAUUAGGACUUGUUUUUCAUAAUAAGAAACAUAAUUUUACAAACAAAGUACUCAUUUCUUCUUAAAAACAAUAUUAUCGCUGCAAGACAAACACAUGAAAUUUUUCACAGUGUGAGCAACACAAAGUUUUUACACACAAUACAGUUAUGCCGGGACUUUCGGUCUUUUUUCACUGACAUAACUAACACCGACAUUGUCCCAUAGCUCUGUUAGUUCCAGGUGGAACAACAGAAACGUCUAAUUCGGUAUGAAAUUUUCAUCAUUUGCACCUUAGUCAUUUUUCCAAAAAAAAAAAAAAAACACGUAAACGCAAAGAGUUGUAAAUUCUGUAAUGGGUGGAAUGCGUUUAGAAUUAAAUUUAAUACGAAUAAAAAAAUGGACAAAAAUCAAAAAAAAAUUAUUAAAAAAGAUAGGUGAGAAAAACGAGGUCUGGGGUCAGCUGCACCCCGCACCGCCUUACGACAGUUAAAACAAAUUUUUAUUUUAUAUUAUUUUUAUUUACUUGUUAUGUUAAAAAUAUCUAUUUCUAACAAUUAUUAAAAGGAUAUAAAUUUAAAUGAAAACUCGAGGGAUACACGACAACAAAACAAACGCUAAAAUAAAAGAUAACAGAUACAAGGAAACGGAACAAAUACUAAAAUAUAACCACAGUAUGUAAUUCCGCUGGUAUGUCGGUACAACUGUUCUUCUUUCUUCUUUACGUGCCAUCUCCGCAACGGAGAUUGGCAAUCAUCACAUCUAUUCUAAUUUUUGACACUACAGCCCGAAAGAGUUCAGUUGAGCUGCAUCGAAACCAUUCUCUGAGAUUUCUCAGCCAGGACAUUUUCUUCUAUCUAUGGUGCGUCUUCCUUGAAUCUUUCCCUGCAUUAUUAAUUUUAGGAAUUCAUAUCUGUCAGCACGUGUUAUAUGACUCAGAUAUUGUAGUUUUCUUAUUUUGAUGGAAUCCAAUAUCUUCCUGCUAUUUCUUUGAAAGCUGAAUCCUCAUCAUUCUUCGACACUUCACAUGCUUUCAAUCUAUUGAGACAUUGUUUAUUAAGAGUACAUGUCUCCACACCAUACAAAAUAACAGAAAAUUAAUAACACUUUAGUACUCUUUUUUUUUAAGAUUUAGGCUGAGGUAUCUACUACAUAAUAUUUGUAUCAUAUUAUUCAUUGCACUUCUAGCCUUUACUAUUCUAACUCUGAUUUCUUUGGUAUAAUCGUUUGUUUCAUUAAUGUUUGUCCCUAAAUAAUUAAAAUUCUGAACUCGUUCUAUCGUCUUACUAUUUACGCUUAGAUUGAUGUUUCUAAUAUUUUUCUUUGAUAUAAUCGUGGUGAAUUUUGUUUUCUUUAUGUUUACUGACAGACCAAACUCUUCACUCGCUGCAACAACCUUGUCUAAAAUUCUUUGUAGUUAUGUAAUAUUUUCUGCUAUUAGUAUUGUAUCAUCAGCAUAUAUCUAAUUUCACAUAUGGGUAGGCUAUUUAUUUUUAUGCCUGCUACUUCAUCUUCUAAUGCUUUUUUGAAUAUUUCCUCUGAGUAUGCAUUAAACAGUGAUGUGUACAAGGCACCUGUCUAACGCCUAUUUUGAUCUUUAUUUUAUAAGUUUUUAAAUUAUUUAUUAUGACAGCUUCUUGUUCAUAAUACAGAUUAAUAUUCUUAUAUCCCGUGUGUCGAUAUUCUUUGUUCUCAGUAGUUUUAUUAACGCAUUGUGUUUCACCGUAUCGAAUGCCUACAACUGUUAUUUACGGUUAAUAUAGAUAUUGUUUAGAUAUGUACAGAUAUCUGAGUACAAAAAGAUUCGUGACACAAUACUAGAAAAUUAUACUUGAAAAUUUUAACCUAAGUUUUUAGUCACGUCGUUAGAUUUUAUCUAACAAAAGUCAAUGUUACUCAUAUUUAGUUAUGCUUUCCGGUACGCUUGGACAUGCGCAUUACUACACUCUUCCUCGAGGCACUUACGAGUGGAAAGCUAUGUUGUCAAAUUUUUCAAGUUAUCACGGAAAAGAAUAAAAUUUUAGAUUUUUUCUAACAGCGCGACCGAUUCGCUUUCCACAAAAACACGACAUUUAGUUGGGGCCUGAAUUAAAUAUAGAAGCCUUUGCAAUUAUUGGAUUUAACCCGCUUGCGCCUGAUAGAAUGGGUUAAAUGAAGUUUUUGAAACGUAUUGGCAGAUCGGAAUUUUUAAGCUUUUUUUAUAUAUAUUGUAUACAUAAUAUUGUUUUAUUUUUAUAAUAAAAUUGAUAGUAUUAUCUUCAACACUGCGUUCUUGUUGUAUUUACAAUGUACAAUGCAACACUGGGCUAUUUUAUUACAUCAACAAUUCAUAUGCAAAUAUUUCUUCCCAAGAUUUUUUCUUGACAAACAAUCUGUAUGGUCUAAUCGUUCAACGAGAAGUUUUACCUUUAAUCAAAAAAUAAACAAAAAAUCGAAAAAUGUAUUAAUUACCAUGUGUAGACAAAAAAAAAAUGAAAAAACUUUUUGUAGAUGUUUUUGAAGUUUAUGUUGUUUUUUUUUUAAAUAUCAGUGUAUUUUUGUUCAAAAUUUAGCUAUGGUUAGAUUUUUUUCUGAAAUAAAGUGAUGAAAGGUGAA